AUGGACACCAUUCUCCAACGGGAAACAAAAGGCCGUAAAGACACCGUAGAAGGGCUGGAUCCGUCAAUGUCGACGCGGUACUACACCCGCCUCCGCGCCACUCAAAAACUCCUCCCUCUCCUCAACAACGCGCCGCACCCACGCGUAGUCUCGGUACUGGCAGCGGGCUUAGAAGGCCCCAUGCCCGACGAGGAGGAUCUUGACCUCCGAAGGCCCGGGAACUGGGGGUAUUGGCCUGCUUCCGUGCAGGCUACGACCAUGGGAACGCUCGCGCUUGAGGUGUUGGCGAGGGAGAACCCGGGGGUGAGUUUUGUGCACUCUAUGCCUGGACCCGUGGCGACACCUGGGUUGGAGAGGGCGAGGGACUUUGGGGUGGACGUUACGGGGGAGAUGAGUGUUGAUGAGGCGGGUAAGAGGGGGUUAUUUUUGGCGACGAGUGAUUUAUAUGAUUCUCGGGGGCGGGAGGGAGUUGUGAGGGUUGCUGGGGUUGAGAGAGUGAGAAAGUCUGGUGGUGGUGUGUUUUUGGUUGGUCCGCUAGUGGAGAGGGUUGAUAAUGAGGAAGUUUUGGGAGGUAUGAGGGAGAGAGGGUUGGAUGUGAAGGUGUGGGAGUUUACUCGGGGGUUAUUUCAUGAUUGUCUAGGCCGAAACGGAAGUUUCAACGAGCCUGUGUAA